AAUUGAAUUGUGAAAAAGGAUUCUGCAAACCACAGAUUAUGGCUUCUGCACUACAUAUUUCAAAUGCAAAUUUGAGUUUUAAUGAUACAGACAGUGAAAAUCAGAGUGAUAUUGAAAGUCACGAUAUUGAUGACAGUAAUGCCACAGAAAAUUUACUAUCAUUUGAUCAAUCUGAAGAAGAAGAAGAUCUAAACACAGAGGACUUAACAGAAGAGUCAUCUUCAGUUGCUGAAAGUUAUGAUUUAGAAAAUUCAGGAUUAUCUUUAUUGGAAAGUAAAAGUAUUCUCAAGGAGCUCUCAGUAUUUAUUUCGGGUACUCUAUCAAAAUCCCACAUGAGAAGCUUACUUAACGACUUUGUUGAAUCUGAGUGUUUUUUGAUUGAUGGAGAUUCAUUGUUCAUCACUUGUUUUAAAAAUAUGACUUUGGAAGUAGGACAAACUCUCCACUUCUUCUAUGUUGUUGAACAAUUUCUACAUGAUUUCAUUCAAAAGGAUGCUAAAUUUGAAAUUGUUUUCUUUAAGGAUGUAGAAAAUUUGUAUUUUGAUGUCCCUGAACUUCUGGUCCUUCGCACCACACUGAUACAACAUUUAAAAUGCAAUACUGAUAUUACUGUUCACUCAGAAUUUUCCAAUUGUUUGACACAAGAAUGGGAACUGUUUCUUACGGACUUUUAUCCACAUUUCUUAGUUGUGUCAGACAAGGGAAUAACAUCACACCAAACAGACUUUUUAAACAUUUUUAUCCUUCAAGCUCUUCAGAGGAAAAUAAAUAUUGUACUGCCUUUUGGAAUGGAAUCAGAUGUCCUGAGAAUUUAUGGAUUUUAUGCCUCAAGUAACUAUUCCCACAAGGUAUAUUUUGAAGAGCAUAAGGAACAGCUGCAACAAGCUUUAUUUAAAUACAUAAUAGAAUAUUUCAAAAACCCACAAAAAAUAGAAAGUUAUAUGUAUGAUCAUUUGGAAUUUGACUCAGAAGACAUACAGAAAGAGAUACAUGAAGCCUUGUCCUUACUUCAGAAUAUGUGGCCAGAAGGAGCUGAUGUAAGAAGUAUAGUCUGCUCUAUUGCAUGUGCUGUAACAUUAAAACUUCAUAAAAGAAUGCUACAUGAUGCAUCAGACAGUGAAAAUCUAAACACAGAUCCAGAAAUUCACAAAACACAGGACUUGGAGAAAGUACCAACACUAUCUGAAGCAGCAGAUCUCUGCAGAAUGCAUUGCCUUAGUGUGAUUUUCCUUCAACAGUUAUCCCUGUUUCAAAGAGCUAAGAGUAGAAUCAUUACUUGUCAUUGGAAUAGAAGUCUUUCACCAUUUCUAAAAAUGUUGAAGCACUGUGCAUUUUUCAUACUAAAACAAAUAAAAAAGAGCAAUCGUUGGAAUAUUAAUUUUGCUGGUCUGCCUGAUUUAACUGAUGAUAUUUUAUGGAAAAAUAUUGCUUAUUACUAUGAAAUUGAACAUGAAAGAGGUCUAAAUUUGGAAUUAGGCGACACUUUGAUGCAUGAAUAUGAGAAGUUGUGGAACAUAGUUUUAACGCUUUCUCAAGAUGGUGACUUUGGAGGACACAUGCCCAUUAGGACAACGGCCAGACCCUUUCUUAUAGAGAACAACAAAUCAUCUGGAGGAUCAAAUGAAGUAAUUCAUAAAUUAGGACUCAUACCUCUGAAAUCUGAGCUUGUCGAAGAUUUUGCUGGAGAUAUUUUGUCAGAACUACCUUUUCUAAGCAGUGAAGACCCAGCUAUUCAGUCUUUUUCUACAAGAGAAUUUGAUGAAAUCAGACAUUGGCAUUCUUCAAGACCUCUCAGUGAUGAUUUCGAAAGUACUAAUCACUUUCAAGAUAAUUCCAAGGAUACCAAACGAAGACUGGAAGCACAGGAAUUAUGUAACUUUUAUAACACUUUUGGAAAAAAUUUGAAAGAAAAUAGUGAAUCAGUUCAGAGUAAGACAAACGAAAAAAAAUCUAUUGAAGAAAAUCAAAAGAGACAGUUAUCACAAACAGAAAAAACAGACAAAGAAAUAUGGAAAAACUUGUCCAGACAUAUUGAAAAGGAAAUUGAAAAAAAUCCUAAUGUUGGCAUAAAACAAUUAGAAGAUUUUCUCAAAACAUGCUCUGAUAAAUCUGUAAAAUUUGUUGCAGAAAUGUUAGGUUUGGAUGCCUGUUUCAAAUUCUGGAUGGAAUACUGUUCAAAGCCAGGAGCAGAAUCUAAAGAUUUAAGCAUAGUAAUUAAUAUAAUGAAAAGAAUUCAUAUAAUACAUGAAAAAUAUUUGGACCAAUUACAAAAUACUCAUCGACAAAAAAUAGCCAAGUAUCUAAAAUAUAUUGGAUUUGACAACUUGGCACACUCAUUAUGUCCUCAGAUAUCAGGAACUGAGCAGGACAUUUCUAAAUAUUCCAUUCACAUGGGAGCAGCGCGAUUUCAGUUAACACACAUGGGCCUUUAUUUAUCUCGAGAAGAAAGAAUGGAUCCAGAUCCCAGGGUACAGCAUUUCAUACCAGACACAUGGCAGCGGGAGCUUCUUGAUGCUGUAGAUAAUAACGAGUCUGCUGUGAUUGUUGCUCCGACCUCUUCAGGGAAAACCUUUGCUUCUUACUACUGCAUGGAGAAGAUCCUCAGAGAGGACAAUGAAGGAGUAGUUGUAUAUGUGUCUCCAACAAAGGCUCUUGUAAACCAAGUGGUAGGAACUGUCUGCAGCUCUUUUACUAAAGCAUUGCCUGAAGGACGAGUGGUGUAUGGAGUUUUUACAAGAGAUUAUCGACAUGACGUCUUGAAUUGCCAGAUAUUGGUGACAGUGCCUCAGUGUUUGGAAAUACUCUUGCUUGCUCCUCAUAAUCAAAAGUGGACAAAAAGGAUCAGAUAUGUCAUAUUUGAUGAGGUUCACUGCCUUGGAGGAGAAAUUGGAGCAGAAGUUUGGGAGCAUCUUCUAGUGAUGAUUCGGUGUCCCUUUCUGGCACUUUCUGCUACUAUAAGUAAUCCUGAACAUCUCACAGAAUGGCUGGCAUUAACUAAAAGAUAUUGGCAACAUAUUGAGUUCACAAUGGAAAAUUCUGGUUCAUCACAAAACUCCUUGAAAGAUUCAAAGAAACAAGGAAAAAGAAUCGAGAAGUCAUCAUUCAGAGUUAGAUUGGUGUGGCACAAAGAAAGGUACAGUGAUUUAGAAAAGUAUGUGUGUUCCCUCACGGAUAAUGACUUUGUCAUUGAAUACUAUCACCCAUGCGCUGCACUUACAGCCAAUCAUAUAAAGAAAUAUGGAAUUCCUUUAGACCUUGAAUUUUCUCCUCGAGAAAGUAUUAUGCUUUAUGAUGCUAUGGCACAUGUUUGGCCAGAAUGUCCAAGAAUACAGAAAUUUGAACCUGAAGAAUUUAGCUUCUUCAAAAAUAAAUUAGUCAUCACGAGGGCAGAUGCCAAGAAAUAUGAAAAGGAACUGAAAAAGGAAAUCAUUCAGCGAAUUGAGUUGGAACAAAGCAAGGUGAGUCAAGUGCUGAAUUUCCUUAAACCUCAAACAUUUGACAGUCCAGAAAGUGAAUAUCAAAUAAUGUUUCCAUAUUUUGUGGAAAAACUUAAUACAAUGAACAAACUGCCUGCAAUAUUUUUUGCAUUCAAUAUUAACAGAGUGGAAAUAUCAGCUUCUGAAGUUCAUUUGAAUUUAUUGAAAAAGCACACUACUCAAAAUGAUCCAAAUUCUGAAACGUCAAGUGAAAAUGUGUCCAAGAAAAUAUUAAAAGGAAGAAGUCACAAGAGUACUAGAAGUCAAAGAUCAAGGGCAGAAAUUAAUGCUGAAAUAAAGUUGUUAGAGAACACCCUUCAAAUGCACACUGAAGAAUAUACUUAUGCUGAUCAUACAAUUGUGGAUAAUGAGACUUUAAACAAGAUAUUAUACAGACUGGAAACAACUAGACAAGGCUAUAAAUUGAGAGGACUAUUAAAACGAGGCAUUGGAUUUCAUCAUGGAUCAAUGGAAUACAAAGAACGACAAGUGGUUGAAACACUCUUCAGGCUGAGGCAUGUCCAGGUGGUAACAGCUACCUCAAGUCUUGCAUUGGGAAUUAAUAUGCCAUGUAAAUCUGUUAUUUUUACAGAAGAUUCUGUUUAUCUGGAUGCUCUGAACUUUAGACAGAUGUCUGGACGUGCAGGGAGACGUGGAGAAGAUCUCACAGGAAAUGUGUUCUUCUAUGGUGUUCCACUACCUAAGAUUGAAAGACUCUUAAAAUCUAACAUGCCCAAACUGAAGGGUCAAUUUCCUCUAAAAUUAUCAUUGGUUCUCAGACUUAUGCUGCUUGUUGCCAAAGCAGAGGACACAGAGGAUGCCAAAGCAAAGGCAUUAUCAGUUCUCCAACAUUCAUUGAUAUCCUUCAAGCAACCAAAGAUCAUUUGUAUGAUAAAAUAUUAUUUUAUAUAUUCUUUGCAAUUGUUGAUCACAGAGGGAUACCUGAAUCAAGAAUGUAUUCCCAUUGGAUAUUCUGGACUGGUGUCUCAUUUACAUUAUCACGAACCUGCAAAUUUUGUUUUUGUAAGUUUGCUGAGGAAAGGUUUAUUUCACAAGUUGUGUACUCCAGAGAGAAGAAAAGGUUGUAAAACUUUUUCUGAAGAUGUGAUGCAGGCCCUAGUGGUUGUGCUUGCACAUCUUUUUGGAAGAAAAUAUUUCCCUCUGAGUGUGAAUGAAUGUAAAAAGAAGACUCCUGAUUCACUGGUAAUACUAGAUGAUCUUCCAGAAGAUUUUGCUGCAGUGAUAGAGGAUUAUAAUAACAGAAUUAAAAAUAAUUUUGUUUCCUUCCUCCUAACAAUUUCAAAAUUGGCUGACAUGAGGAAAGAAUGUCAAUUACCUCUCUCAGAAAUUGAUUUUUCAGGUAAAGAAUGUGAAGACUCAAAACUGGUUUCUCAUUUGAUGCCUGGAACUGAAAGUAGAACUGCUAUUUCUCCGUUUGCUUGCCUGUCCAAUAUAACGGAUCAAGAUUUAUAUGAUAUUCACGUGAUACGUGAUGCCAUGUUACGAACAAUUAAUGUGAAUAUUAGUAAUGCUCCAUUCUUUCAUUUGGAGAAAUGUGAUAAGACUGGAAGGAAGUUUCCAUUAAAGGCUUAUGUUUUGAACUUCUACGUGAAAGAAUCUCUGUCAGCACUGACAACAGAUAAUUGGUUAAAUAUAGGAGAUGCUUUUAAUUUAAUCAGAGACUUCACACUUGUUCUUCAGUCCAUCAGGUUUGCACUGUGUGAAUUAUGCGAUGAUGAAGAUGACAAUGUUGUACUGGCAUUUAAACAACUGAGUGAAGCAUUCAAAGAAAAACUUUGGAGAAGAGAAUACUGACAGUGUCAAAAUAAAUUUUAUGCUUUAGAAAAUAUACAUAGUCAAGAAAUCCACCCACACUUUUGUAGUUCAGUAAAUGGCUGAAUACAAAGAACACUUUCUUUUUUUGUUAUUAUACAAUUCGGCAGGAGCAAUAGCACAGUGGGUAGGGUGUUUGCCUUGCACGCAGCCAACCCGGCCGACCUGCGUUUGAUUCCUCUAUCUCUCUUGGAGAUCCCAGCAAGCUAUUGAGAGUAUCGCCCGCAUGGCAAAUCCUGGCAAGCUACCCGUGACGCAUUCGAUAUGCCAAACAUACUCUAACAACAAGUCUCACAAUGGAGAUGUUACUGGGCUCGCUCAAGCAAAUCAGUAAACAACAAGAGGACAGUGCUAUAGUGCUAUACAAUUCGCCUGAUUGAUUAGUUAAUAUACAGGCAAUGAAGUGUAUAUAAAAGUUUAUGUACCACAAAUGCAGUGCUCUUAUUUUUCAAUACUUUUGUCUAUUUUCUUUUUUACCUUUUAAGCAGUUAAAUGAAUACCUAGUAGAAUGUGUACAUACAUUCAAUAUCUCUAAUUUAAUAAUAAUUUAAGAGAUUACAAUUAUAAUGAUACCAACUCCAUAAUCUCCAACUGAUAAAAUAUAAUUUAUUUAUUUUUGAAAACACUAGUAUUUUAGU